AGAAACGACGCCAUUGGCCGAAAGGAAAGGAUUACUGUUCAUCAAGAGUCAGAUCCUCGGCCAGUGGCUGUUCUGGAGGCGUGGCUGGUGGUGGUGAGAGAUUCCGCUUUUGAUUGGCUAGCAGUUCGCAGUGGCCCUAGAGCGCCUGCAAAGCUUGGAAAUGUCCCUGGCACGGCUUGGAAAAGUGGUUCCCAAAUCAAGCAUCUUGUUCCUGUGUGACAUGCAAGAGAAAUUCCGCCCCAACAUCAGCUACUUCCCUCAGAUUGUGUCUGUGGCAGCUCGGAUGCUGAAGGUUGCUGAAGCUCUUGAAAUCCGCACUGUGGUCACCGAGCAAUACCCCAAAGGUUUGGGUCCAACAGUACCGGAGCUGGGAGCUGAAAAAUUGCCCAAAUACACCAAAACGUGCUUCAGCAUGCUUAUCCCAGAGGUGGAAAAAGAGAUGGAAUCUGUUCCCAACUUGAAAUCCGUACUUCUCUGUGGGAUCGAGACACAGGCUUGCAUCAUGAGUACUGCCUUGGAUGUCAUGGAGCGAGGUCUGGACGUUCACAUCGUGGUGGAUGCUUGCUCUUCCCGCAGCCAGAUGGACAGGAUCAUAGCUCUUUCCAGACUGCGUCAGAGCGGGGCCUUCCUUACCACUAGCGAGGGACUUAUCCUGCAGCUUGUCCGGGAUGCAGCUCACCCGCGUUUCCGAGAGAUUCAGAAAUUGAUUAUGGAUCCUGCCCCUGACAGUGGCCUUCUGCCCCUCAUAAAAGUGCCAAAUCCCCUUUUCAGUUAGCUUAGCUGCUCCAAGGAUGAUAAUCUUCUUUUAAAGCACCUUCAGCCAUUUCAUCUGAUGUCCUUCUGAAUGGGAAGAAGCAAAAUCAAGAUUCUUCAAGUUGACUUUAAAGAGGAAGAUGACGAAUUAUAAACCUAGCUGAAAAGCUGCAUCAGACCCGUGAUCUUUCUAUAGUUAUUCUAUAGUUAUGGUUGAAAGACGAUACUGGUAACAUUUUGACCUGGUCUUUUUCUAUUAAGAAACAUCAGUUCUGCCUCCUCAGCUCAUAAUGUGACUCUGUGUGUACAAAUAUAUAUUUAAUUUGCACAUUUUACUGUGACAGUUCUCUUGUGAGGGUGUAUAAAUAAUAUCUGGAAUUGUUUACACUUUAUGGAGAUUCUCAGUCAUCCAGGUCAUGGUUGUCCCAAAGAUGCUUUUUCAAAAGGGAACUGGACUUGGUUUUUCUUCGAAGAUGUUUCGCUUCUCAUCCAAGAAGCUUCAGUUUUGGCUGCCGAACAAUCUUGAUGAGAAGCGAAAUGUCUUCAAGGAAAAACCAAGUCCAGUUUCCUUUUGAAAAAGCACCUUUGGGUUUUACAUUUUAGUGCAGAUUUAGGAAACAAGUGGGAAAGUAAGCAGAUGAUGGGUUCAUACGUAAUGCUUGUUGCUUUUUUGAAUAAACUACAGUUUUGACGCGGUUUUAGUUAACUGCAUUUAACUGAGUUCACAUAAAAUGUAAUCUAAACGUGA